GCGGGAGACGAGGAGGCGGGGGUCCAGCCGGUGGGGUCGGGGCCUGGCGGGGACCGGGGGUGGCCGCCGAGGGCUCCGGAGGGAGUGGGGCUCCCCGCGGCCCCCCGGCCCCGCCUGCGCCCCUCGCUUACUCUGCGUGACCCACUCUCGGGCCGCUCUGCCCGACCUCCGGCCCUCUGCCCCCAGACCCGGCGUGGGCGUGCCGGUAGCAUUCGGGGCCGGCGAUUUCCCCAGAAACGGAUAAAUUGCCAUUGAAGGUACUCUGCCAUGGAAGGCAGGCCACUGGUGAUCUCAAAGCAGAGGAGAGAAGUGGUGUGUGGGGUCCCCACCCAGGUGGUCUGCACAGCCUUCAGCAGCCACAUCCUGGUGCUGGUGACCCAGUUCGGGAAGAUGGGGACUCUGAUUGCCCUGGAGCCCAGCACCGUGGCGAGCGACAUCAGCAAGCCCAUGCUCACCACCAGGGUCCUUCUUGGGCAGGAUGAGCCUCUCAUCCACGUCUUUGCAAAGAACCUGGUGACAUUCGUGUCUCAGGAAGCUGGAAACAGAGCGGUCCUCCUGGCUGUAGCCACAAGGGACAGAAGCCUGGAAGGGGUGAGGGCCUUGAAGGAGGUGAUCCAGGCCUGCCGGGUGUGGUGAGGGGGCCCCAGGCUCAGCAGAGGCCCGGGAAUGGGCCCCCAGCUACUGCCAGGCUGGAGCAGGCGGGAACUCGGGCACCUUUCCAUGCCCUGAAGGCAAGUCCUGCGCCCACCCUCGGAGGAGGAACUUCCUCCGGCUGUAGUCCCUGAGGCGAGAAAACACUCAUGUAGCAGGCAGACUCUGACAUCAUUUGGUGACUGAUACCACCCAUGGAUGAAGAAAGGAGCGGGAUACGCCCUGGGGGAGUUGAGAGUGGUUCUCACUGGGGCCCAAUGGUUACAUAUCUUUGAGAAUUGAAAGUGAUUCCUGGUCCUUGGUGUGCAGAAUCCAUUGUAGGAGGAAAUUUUUUUUAAUUAAAAAUAAAUAUGCACCCCCACA